AUGCCUCCUCCGAGCGAACAAGAGCUAUUCACCUCUGAUCCUAGUGAUGGUACGGACGUUGUUUGUAUCAUGCUGGGUGGUUUAAAGAAAGUCGUGGUCCACACACACUUACUUGCCUCCCAUUCCGUGUAUUUCCGCCGGGUGGGAAACCAAGUCAAUCCGGAAUAUUUCUACGCGGAUCACUGUCCAUAUGCCACCGAGCAGACUAUUUCCUUCUUCGUCCAAUGGAUCUAUGGAAGAACCCUCGGCCCCUCUCAUCUCAACGAGGGUCUACAAAAAUUAUGCCGUCGUCAGCAGUAUGAAACCUUGAUGAAGUCUUGGGUUUUCGGCGAAAAAAUGGGAGCCACGGAGUUCCAAAGGGAUAUUAUGCGAUGCAUAGCGGAAGAUACUAGGACUGUCAAUCUGGAGAUAUCGGCCGAUAUAUGGAUUGACAUGGAGGUGGUGGCUCCUAGCAGUAAAUUGCGUCCCUUCCUAGCCGCCAUGUGCUGCGAAAAGCUUCAUAGCAGCGAUGCAAAUACUGUGAACAUGUUUCUAAGCGCUAUUCCACGAAGCAUGCUAGAAGAGGUCACUAGGUGCAGGAUUUCUGGGCCUCGCAGACUUCAAAUGGAUAUGGAACUGGGCAGGUACUUGGAAUAG